UAUCAUGGCGGCGUUUGAGUUAUGUUGAGUGUGAAGUGAAUAAUUUUAAAAUGGAGUUGAACAACUCCUUCUUCAGUGACGAUGAAAUAGACCAGUGUGAAAAAGUCGGGCAAGCAAACGCCUCUAAGAAAUGGCUGAGCUCUACAUUUGCAUCAUUAGCCCAGCUGGAGCAGAUCAAACCAAACGUGUACAAUGUAGGUUUGGUUGAUCCCAGAGAGCUCAAGGGAAGUAACCUCACCAGUACCAAUAAACGGAGUCAGAGUGUCACCGACCUAACCAGUAAUCCUCCUCUGUCAACGUUGUCUAACCAGAAAACUGCCUGGGGAAGUAAUGGAUCAAUUCCUGACCUUGUUAAACAGGCCAGUCAGAUUGAUGGACGUCCACAUCGGCCGGAGAGUGCCAAGACAUCCUCUAGGAGAUACCGUCCACCCAGUGGGAAAAAGCCACGUCCAGAGAGUGCCAAAGAGGGAUCCCUCCCUCCUCGACCUCCGAAAAUAUCUGUGAAGGGAGCCAAGGUGGACACUGUGGGUCGCCCAGCUAAACAGACCCCUUACCAGUCAGUAACCACAGGCUGGGCUGGCCCUCCAGCAGGGAUGAAGUACCCAAACCCAGAACAAGGCCUGGGCCAUGUCCCACAUUCAGUACCCUGUACUCCCCCUCCUCCACCCCAGGGGACCCCUGUUCCUCGUCUUGAUAUUGAUGUUGAAAUACCAAACCAAAAUGAUGAGGACAGUGAUGAAGAUGAUAUGGUGAAGCUGAAAUACACGAAGACAAAAACUGAGGCCCCACAUCCAGUUCAGCUUCUACGACGUCCCACCUCCGAGUCUCUCCACCUCAAUCUGGACAUACCCACCAUGGAUGAGGAGGAGGAGGAAGAUGAAGACAGUGACCUUGACACUGAGAGAUUAUUGGCAAAGGCAGAGAAGUAUUCUACAAAUAAACAGCCAGACGAUGAUGAGUUUAUCCAUCAAGUUACAGAAGCCAAUGAAUCAGGCAACUUUGAAGAAAACCAUGAUCGAAUUGGUGACCCAUCCAUGCUAGAGGAAGAUGAGGACUCCUUUUCAUUCCACAGUAGAAUAGAGUCCUCUUCAGACAGUGAUGGGGCGUGGACUGAUGAGGAAGUUCCAGUUAAACCAGUGGAAAAGUUGGCUGUCAAAUUCAGUGAGGAGAGAAAUGUGACCAUAGAUAUCACACCCAGAAAUACUGGACAUAAAGUAGGAAGCUUGUCUCCCAGAGGUCACCGUAAACAGGAACGUCAGAGGUCUGGGGGUAAAGGUGUAGUGAGUGAGGAUGACGAACAAAAACUUAAAGCUGCAUUGUCAGUGAAAAGUGCUGGAAAUCAACCUGUCAUAGAAUUGGACCAUUAUUCUGAAGGAAAUGCACAAAAUUAUGUGCCUCAUGUUACAGUGGUUAAGAAAAAUCAAAGGCCGUCAUCAGCAGUGAUCAAAAAUACAGAACAAGACCAACCAAAGAUGAGACAGCGUCCCAGCUCAGCUACAGUGAGACCAAGUAGUAAACCUGUUGGGAGGUCACUCCAGAAACCAAUCACACAAAUUAUUGUCGAUUAUGGAGAAGAGGAAAGGAAAAGGAAAAGGCUAAGGAAAAAGCUACAAGAAAAAGAUGUUGUCACUAUGGUUGAACAGGUUUCAGUGUCAGAAGAUGAUAGCAGUGAAGAAUCUGAUGAGGAUGUUGAAAUUACUCCAGAGUUACUCCGUCCAGGGUCUCCAACAAAAUGUACUUCAGAGCCAACCAAAAACUAUUACGAAAUAUCCAGACAGUCAGCCCUUGGUCGAUCAAGUGUAGUUGACAAAAUGUUUGAAAAGUUGAAAGAAAGUGCCUCUGGACUGUCUACAACAAUGGUGGCCGAUUCAGGAGAAAAUGACUCUAUGGAAAGUGCUGCUGUGAAAAGUGUGUUAGAUUCCCAGCUCCUACGUAUUAAUGAGAAACAGAUGGUGGCUCAUCAGGUAGAUACUAACAGGGAGAAGGCCAAGGCCAUCCGGCCUCCUAGUGCUAAGGUGCAGCAUAAACCUCCUGUUGCCAGGACAACACAGUCAGAUGACCAUGAACGACCAGGGUCAAGGCUAGGAUUUGUAGCCAUGGCACCAGACAAGGAUUCAGAUCCAACUAGUACCAGGAAGGUUACCAGACGACCCCUCUCGGCACAAUCUAACACUCCAUCUGGCGGUGAGAAGAAGGAUAAUGGUGAUCCUAUAGGGGAUACAGUAACUAUGGCAGCAUUUCAGCAGGAGAAUACAUCAAGCGUGGAGGUCCCAGGCCUCACUGACAGACAGUUAGAAAUACAAAGACUUAUGAACAAACAUUUAACUCGACCUUUAUCUUCCAUCUCUAAUAAUCUGCCUUCACCAAAGUCUCCCAAAUCACCUAAAUGUAAAAUCCCUAAGUCUCCCAGUGUCAUGUCAUCAGCUAGAGCAGAUUCAAAGAUGUCAUCAGCAAGGUCAGAGACAAAGGUUGGCUCACCGAGGUCACAGAAGGAGAGGGCGAUUGACGACAUGAUAGAGAAGCAUCUGAAGCGCCCUGCAUCUGUGUUCACACCUGAUGUUAUGACUGAAUCAAUGGGGGAUUCUUCACCCUCUCCACCCUCGUCUCCAGUACCUGUAAUCCUGGAGACAGAUUCCACUCCAUGUCCUUCCACAAAGUCCAGCAAGAGUCGAAUCCACAAAGCUACUUCACUCCCAAGUCCAAAGUCCACUCUAGUCUCUGAGCUGGUUUCUGCUGAAAGAUCUGGAGCAGGAGUUAGCUGUAACCAUGGGUGUGCCCAUGGACAUGGCCAUACAGGAACACCAGAACUUACAGCUAAAACUAACGCAAAGUCUUCAUUCUACACAAGGGCCAAGUCAGCUCCAGUCAAAAGGAGAACUCCCAACAAGGAACCCAAGAUACGCUACACAAAACCUGUCACCUUAAACACUGUCAACCAUAGUGAUUACCCUGAGACAGAGGAAGCUGAGGAAUGUACAGUGAUGCAGGCAAAACUGGCAGCUAAAGGAGUCAACGUCAGUGCGAAAACACUGGAGAGAGCCCUUUACCCACCAUCAGGACAGACUACUUACUAUGAAAUUAAGGCCACCCUGCCUAAGUCACAGUCCCUAGGGUUACUGAGUCAUCCUAAGGUAUGGCUUCCAGAGGAAUACAGGCAGCUCAAGUCAGCAGAGAAAGCUCUAGCUAAAGUGAACGAAAUCAUGUACAUGCAGAAGAAGGCAGAAGAGCGGAAAGCAAAAAUAGCUGAUGGAACUGCAGUUAAGAAAAAGAAAAAGAAAGGAAAGAAAAGACCGACUUCAUCACUGAAAAGGAGCAAAAGUUUCAGUUAGAUUUACAGAUAGUCUGAUGUUAACAUAGAUCUAUGUAUGUUGUGUAGUUUUACAAUGUUCACAACUGCUUCAAACUUAAAUACCAAUUACAACAAUUUAAUGAUUCCAGUCCCUACAAGCUAUUCCCUUCUAAAAGAAAUAUUCUUGUCAGAUUUUUCAUGACAAGUUUGCCCAAGGAAAUUUUUGGGAAUAUGGCAAUUCUGGUAUAUUUCAAAUAGUUGUAGAAAGAAUGUUGCAAAUGCAUAUAAAUCUAUACCAAGAUUUUUUUUUUCAUUACAAGCAGUGAAAAUUCAUUUGGAUAUUUUUCUUCAAACUGAUCUCCAGGAAACUAAUUUACCAGUAUAUCAUUAAGCGGAGAAAGUAGAGAAAAACUACAGCACAUUUUAGUAUUAAAGGGAUAUUCCGCACAAGGAUCUAAUUGGCUGGGAUAUUCCCAAGUAUUUCCCUUGUCCAAACUGACUGCAGUAAACAUAUUUUGAUGCUGACAGUUCUAAAGGUUAUUAUAGAAAGAGUUAUUUAACGGUACAGAUCAGCCAGAAAUUUGGUAGGGAAUAUCCCUUUAAAAUAUCAAAUAUUUAUAUUACAAUAAAAAUGUACCAAGCAACAUGACUUUACUGACCACUGACUUUAACAACAUCCUGUAAUGUCUGGCCAUAUCCACCAGAACAGCAACAUACCCCACUGUCAUUGCCGAUACUGUCUUGAUUGACAUAAUGUCAUAUCGGACACAUUGACUCAGCCCUUACAGUGUCGGUAAAGUCAAGUUUCACUGUACAUGUACAUUUGUAUUAUAUAUGUAGAAAUUUCAGUGAAAAACAAAAAGAAUCGAAUCUUAAGACCCAAGGCAUAUGAAUGUUUUCUAUUUAUGCCGUAAAUAAAAUGAUAAAACAUUCCUGGCUUAAAGUCACUUUACUUGACAUGUCUGAUUUUGAGGCUGUCUUAGUUAUAGUAAUGGAAGUAGAGUUCAAAGUUCAAAUCAUUCAGGGUUGUUUUUACAGUAAUAUGUAAAUAUUUCAUCUUAUUUGGAAAAAAUAUCCAUGUUUCUAUAAUAUAAUAUAGCCAAAACAAAUGUUUUACAGUAGCGAUAAUGUCAGUAACAAAAAUGUGUCUUAGUUUAAAUUGCGUACCUUAUUGAGGGUAUGGAUUACAUGUGUGUAAAUUACCUUAUUGGGGAUAUGGAUGAUUUGAAUGACCUUAUUGAGGGCAUGGAUUACAUGUAUUUAAAUAACCUUAUUGAGGGCAUGGAUUACAUGUAUUUAAAUAACCUUAUUGAGGGCAUGGAUUACAUGUGUUUAAAUAACCUUAUUGAGGGCAUGGAUUACAUGUGUUUAAAUUACCUUAUUGAGGAUUUGGAUUAAUUUAUUGAGGGUAUGGAUGAAUUGAAUUGAAAAUUGAAACCUCUGCUGAAAAGUGAUAAGAAGGUUGGUAAAUGUUGUUUUCAUUAAAAAAAAAGAAAAUAAAUAUGAAUCUUUAUAUAUUUUUUAUAAAAUAAAAACAUAUAUAGGUGUAAGAUUAACUGAAUCAAUAUAUUACUUAAAUUAAUGUUAAGGGCUUGAUACCUUUAAAAUUUACAAUAUAUUUUAUCAUUUGAAAAAAAAAAUGGUGAAGUAUAUCUAUUUUUCACACACUGUGUGUAGAAAACAACUACCCGAUAUAUGGUUUAUGAUUUUGUCAUGGAAGUGAAGAUUACUACCAGACAGAAGCUGCAAUGCUGUAAAACAAGCUUUAAAUAUAUUAUAAAACACAAAUCAUUCCUCCACCCAUUAUCAAAUAUGUCUGUCCCUAUUCUUAAUACUGCUGAGUGCUGAUUUAAUACCAGUAAACUUGUGAUUUAUUGAUAAACUGUUUUUAGAUAAUCUGUGAUUUACUCUCCUAUAGUCUGUGAUAUUUAUGGACGCUAAAACCAUUUUAUUUUUAUUUUAUAUACAUACUGUAAGUUAGAAACUGCCGUCCCAAGAUGUGUGUGAUUUUUGUGUAAAUGUGAUGUAAUAAUUAUGACAAUAUGUUAAGACAUUGGACUGAUAACAAUGGACUGUCUAGCUAAUGUAAAUAAACGCUAUGGUAGUGCUUUCAUUUAGAUGUGUUCCAUUGCGUGCCCAGUAUUAGACGUCUGUACUGACGUAGAUUUAGUGAGAGUCAAGUGUGCUGAUGAAGAAACUGUCACAGAACAAUGACAUGUAUUAGUUGUUAUGCUAUAUGUAGCAGUUGUUGACUGGAUUGUCAGAUACAGUUAUGCUAUAUGUAGCAGUUGUUGACUGGAUUGUCAGAUACAGUUAUGCUAUAUUUAGCAGUUGUUGACUGGAUUGUCAGAUACAGGCCUGUCCACACAGGUACUAGGGAGGAAUACACUGGGUACUAACUGGUAUAUUAUUGUCUCUUGUCAGUCUAGGGUUUGGUGCUUCCUUUGUAUUGUUUGUAGUUUUCUUUGUCAAUGGUAUGUUUUAUAUAAUCAGGGAGAAGUUUGUACUUAUUUUGUCAUAGAUUAUAUGUUUACAUAGUAUUUCAUAUUAUAUUGUGUAUGUGGUUUCCAUUUGUUAUAGCAUUUUAAAGGGGGAGUAGUUAAGGGGGAAAAGGGGAAAAUCCUUAAUCUACGUAAAUCAUGUCCGCUGUGAAUGAGAUUUGUUUGUAGAGAUAUAGGGUAGAGUAAUGCAGAUGUUUGUGAUUUGUUAUAAAAAGUCUCGUCUCAUAAUUGAAAGCUGUCUGGACCAUAAGACAAAUCAAUGGAAGUGUGUUUAGCCAGGUAUCAGUUAUUACUGCCACUAAGACACAGAGUCAUUUUGAGGUGUUAUUGGGGUUAACAUAAAUUACAUGUACUUGAAAAAUAAAAUAGGUUUGUAAAUUAACUACAUACCGGAUACCAAUUUCUUGGAAUUUCUAUGGGGAUAUUGUGAAUGAACAUUUAUAGACCUCUUCUUUACAAAUUGAUCAUUAAACUUUCAUUCAGACAAAUUGGGUGUUUAAAAUCACGAACAAUAGAAAUGCUUUACUAGUAAUUCAUUUUUAAAGAGAGGGUUCUAGUUCCUCUCUAAAAUAGGAAGGAAUUGGUGUGUAACUAAUGAUUAUUUUAAAGAAUAUGAGUUUUAUUAAGUAUCUUGAACAUUACAGCAAUUGACAAUAAGGUUAUUAAACAUGUCAGUGAUGUGAUAAUUGUGUUUCAUAUUUAAUUAAAUGAUUUUAUUUUGUAAAACAGUACCUGAGAAGGUGUUGUGUGCUGAGUUUGAUCAUUUGAUUUGUGUUACAGUAUCUCUUCCAGAGAUUUGUCAGUAUAUAUCAGUGAAUAUUGAAUGAUAUGUGAUGUCAGUGAUAAUCGUUUAUAGAUCUGAUCAGCAAUUUUUAUCUGUGGUCUAGCUGCUGCUUAGCAUUUUAAUGAAUCAAUUUUUUUAAUUAAGAAUAAAAGUGACAUAAAGCCUC